AUGAAAAUAAAAGUAAGGACCCUGCAAAAUAACGAAGAGGAAAUUAAUGUAGACAAUGAUGACACAAUACUUGAUGUAAAGAAAAAAGUAGAGAGCGUUUUCCCUGAAAUGGCAUUUGAUAAACAGAAAUUAAUUUUUAGUGGGAAUAUUUUAAUAGAUGAAAAUAAAGUAGUAGAUAUAUUAAAAGAAAAUGAUAUAGUUAUAGUUAUGGCAAGUAAGAAAAUAUUUGCAAGUAAUAAGAACAACUCAAAAGAAAAUGCGAAUGAUUCAUCAACUAAUAGCAGUGCUCCAAAAAUUAAUGAUAAUAAUUCCGUACAUAAAAAUGAUGAAAAGAAUAAGUUAUUAUCCAAUAAAAAUGAAAUACAAACAGAUGAAGGUAAACAAAAUGUAAGUAUAAAUAAUGCAGAAUCAAUGUUAUUAACAGGCGAUAAAUUAAAAGAAACUAUAGACAACAUAUGUGCUAUGGGAUUCGAAAGAGAGACUGUUAGGAAAGCAAUGAUACUAGCUUAUAACAACCCCAAUAGAGCAAUUGAUUAUUUGACUAAUGGAUUUCCAGAUAUAAAUGAAUUAAAUGAAAUUAACGAAAUUAAUGAAGUGGGUGAAAGGAACGAAAUGGGUGAAAGGAACGAAAUGGGCGAAAGGAACGAAAUGGGCGAAAAUACGUACGAAAGAGAUAAUAAUGAAAAUUCUUCUAACUUAUCAAAUCAUUUAAUGAAUUAUAAUUUAUUAGGUGAUAACUCUGGACUAGGUUUAUCAGAAAAUCCUGAACUGUUAAGAAAUUCUCCCUUCAUUAAUGUUAUACGAGAUGUUGCAUUAUCCAACCCUCAAAGAAUUCCUGAAAUUUUAGAAAUGAUUGGAAGAACCGAUCCAUCCUUUUUAGAUUAUAUAAGAGAAAAUCAAACAGAAUUUUUAAGAGUCAUCCAAAAUUAUAGUAAUGAAAAUACACCAAAUGCUGAUAACGAACAAUUAUCGAGCGAUGUGAUAACACAACAAGGCAUUCAAAAUACAAGUGAUCAGACUAAUGAAAAUUUAAACAUACCUAUUACACCAUUAAAUGAAAACGAAAUGGAGAGUGUGAAAAAAUUAGAAUCACUUGGUUUUCCAAAACACCUAGCGAUUGAGGCUUUUAUUGCUUGUGAUAAGAAUGAAGAAAUGGCAGCGAAUUACUUAUUCGAAAAUAUGAAUGAUUACACCUCGGAGUAG